AUCCGUUAAACUUAAAGAAAAAAUCUUGUUUGUCUUGUUUAAUUUUGUAUGGUUGUUAUUUUCUCUGAAAUAGAGAAGUUUAUCUUAACAUGGUGCAUGAAGAUUUUAUCUCUUUUCUCUUCAUUUUCGCGUUCAAAUAUGAUUAUAUGUUAUUUUCUUUACAAAGAAAGAAGUUAUUCGAUUGUUCUUAUCUAAGCUUUAUUCAAUUAUAUAUCUUUCCAAAUUUCUAUGAUAAACUUGCUAUUCACUACAAGAAAUUACCACUUUUAGCGGCGACAUCUAAAAUGUCGCCGCUAAAAGUCUUGAUCCGGGACAAGGCAUUUGCAAUAGAUCUGGGCCGUUCUUUGCUUAACUAAUCCAAGGGCUAGGGUUUAUCCUGAAUGAAACAUGUGUAAAAAGGCUCAAAUCAUGUUUUAGCGGCAUGUUUCCCUCUUCCCUCCAAGAUGAAAUCUUCACACACCGCCGGAGCACAAGCUUGAGUCUGCCGGAGUGCCGCACCGCCUUCACUCUGCCGUAGCACCUCCAUCUCGCCUGAUUCUCCGACGCCCUUCGAAAACGUUAUAUAUCAUGGCUGAUGUAAUGCCACGAGGCCAUGGCGGUGAUGGUGCGGAUGAGCCACCUCCCGGGGGUUUUGGGCGAAGAGGUCAUCACGAGGAGGACCUUGUCCCAAAGAAGAAAACGAGGGGAAAAGCAAAAAACAAAAAACUUUUGCAGGCGAAUAAGACGGGAGGGCUUGUUUCAAUCCCUUUUGAUAGACUCGCGACAUAUACCCUGGUUGGUGACGCUUGUGAUAUGUUCAGUCGAGAGGUGGGGAUUUAUAUGUGGGGAAACCUUGCAUUUGAUAAGUACUCUUACGCUAAUGUUUCUGUUGCUGAAAAGAAUGCCAUGGAACAACAUCUCAGACGUCGCUUCAAUUUUGAGGAAAUUGAGCGGGAUUGCGAACGUCGUCAGCUUAAGGGUGGCAUCCGGUCCGGUCGGUCUACAUGAAGCGAUACAGAGACCGGAAGAAUAUGGCAAAAAAGGAGUUUAUAAAAUUAGGAAAGCAACAUGAUAAUUUAGAGACAAUAAGGGACAGACCCCCCACGGGUAUGGGUGUGGAAAAUUGGAGGAAGACUAUAGACCUUUUCGGUGAUCUGAAAUAUAUAAAAAGAUGUGAAGUUAACAAAAAAAAUCGUGAAAAGCAACGGUUCGCAAACCGCGGGGGGUCGGCAUCAUAUAGCAGCUGGUCUUUUAAAAAGAAUGUUGAAGCUUUGGAAACAUACGCUCAUGCUCAUACUCUACCCGAUGGGACCUUUGCCAGCCCGUUGGAAGAGGAGAAUUUUAACCUAUUAAAGGAAGAAUUUGAAAGACAAAGGACCCAAAAUAACCCAUUCUUGGAAGAUGAGGGUGAACUCGCUGAAAGUAGUGCGCACGCCAUUAGUAAUGUUCAAGUUUUUGAAAAGGUGCUUGGUGCUCGGCGCGGAAUUUAUAGGGGACUUGGGCGUAAACCUUCUUUAUCUUCAGCCUCGGGUGACGUGAGUCCUCAUGAGACGGAGAAGACGCGUCCGCAAUUUUCAGAGGAAUAUUUUGACGAAUUGUUUGAAGAUCCGAGAUUUAUGGAACGAUUGUACCAAGCUAUGGAUAAGAAGGAAUCAAGAAAAGGCAACGAAAAUGACACGGACGAGGAGGGAGAAUGAUGUAUUUUGUAUUGAACUUAGGGGUUUCAAAACUUUAACUUAAUCAAACAAAAUACUUUUGUA